AAGGGCUUGUGCCAGGCGGAAACGGCAACCGAAGAAACACCCACGCUGUCCAGCUCAAUGAUGUAGCCCAACCUCCUACUAUAUUAGUAGAAGAAGUACACGGUUGUCACUGUGUGUUUCCUCAGUCUGGGAAUUCAAGUGAAAACUCAGUUCUGGUGUGUUUUUCCACUGCAAAGGGUUUGGAAUGCUGCUAGACGACACUCCACUUUUUGACCCCUCCCUGCUUCAGGAGAUAGACUGGAGUAGCAACACUGUGUCCUUCUCUCCUCCCAUCUCCCCGACCAGCCCAGGUGAAGGCCUGGUGCUCAGGCCGCUCUGUACGGCAGACUUCAACAGGGGAUUCUUCAAGGUUUUAUCUCAGCUCACUCAGACGGGCGAUGUCACACCAGAGCAGUUCACAAAAAAGUUUGACCAUAUGAAGAAGACAGGAGACUACUACGUUGUUGUGGUGGAAGACACAGUAUUGGGACAGAUUGUUGCCACGGCCACACUGAUCACAGAACACAAAUUCAUCCACUCCUGUUCAAAGAGAGGCCGGGUGGAGGAAGUAGUAGUCAGUGACGUGUGCAGAGGGAAGCAGCUGGGCAAACUGUUAGUGUCAGCUCUCACUCUUCUCAGUAAAAAACUGAAUUGCUAUAAAAUCACACUGGAAUGUGCACCCAACAAUGUGGCUUUCUACCAAAAGUUUGGAUACACCGCCUCGCACGAGACUUACAUGCAGUGUCGGUUUUCAGACUGAGGACAACAGCGGCUUUAAGCCACGGUUUUUGGGGGGCAUGGACCGCACUUUUUUACACCCACUGACAUCACAACAUGGCGUUUACAAAUGGUUUUAAGAAUUGAGAGAGCUUCCCAAGAACGAGGGUGUGGCUGUGAGUCGUUUCUGAAUGCUCGUCCUGAUUUCAGCACACUUGAGUGAAUGUAUGUUGAAGCCCUCCGCUCAGUCCAAAAUCAUCCUCCGCCCCUUUGGUAACCAUGGCUACCUCACCAGGGUGGAUCUCUGUCAUCGUCUUCCCCGCCGUCAGAGGACAGGAAUUUGUGUUACUGUAAAUGUAAUGUACCAUGCGUCUGUAGGUAAAUUCAGUUGCUUGGGAAAUCAAGAUGGUACCAAAUUGCAUUAUAUUUCAGAAGCAGCAAUAUAAUAAUAUUAUUUACUGCAGCUUCUCAAGUUCACUACAAAACCAUGUAUGCUGGAAGAAGUCCUUUAGAUUAUGAUUCAGACUUAAUCUCAUCUGUCGCAUCGAUCAUCAACAACAAGUCACCAAAGAAAAGCAUUUUGUUUCUUUUAAUGUGAUUACUGAACUUAUUAUUUUUGGAUUUUACUGGGCUUUCAUUUAUCUGAUCUCUCCUCUUUGGUACUAAGUGCUCUAUAUCUCAGCAGGCUUUUAUUUCUUUGACAGUAAUGUUGUUGGAUAACUACAAUGAUUACUGCAAGAUACAAAGCACUACUAUCAAGUCAAGACUGUUAUAAUGUAUAAUAUCUCUAGUGAACAAAACGUUUAUAUUUUACAAGGCAAUAGUGAGGAAUUAACGAAGGUUCUUAGAGUUUUGUAUUCGGCCGAUAUUUGAAACAUGAUCACAGCUGUGAUAAGGGUUGAAACCUUUAGCGAUGGGAAAUGAUACAAAUGAUUGUUUUGUAAAUGAACUCUUAUUUAAGUUUUCUAAUUAUGCUGUUAUUCUGGAGAACAGGGGAACAUAUUUAAUGUAAUUUAUUUCCAAAUAUGUAAUAGUCAUAAAAUAUUCUACAAUCAA